AUGGAUCGUCCCCAUUCUGUUCCUGGCCUGGAGGAACCCGUUACCUUGAUUGCCCGAAAUGGCCACACGUCGGACACUGUCCGUAGGCGCAGUUCGGACAAGUCCAGCGAGAGUUCGUCACCCGAGACAGAUAUCAGGCCGACUGUCACGAAACCGCCCAAUGCCAAACUUCCCCUACCGAGCGACUUCGCCGACGGCCAAACCUCCAUUCGUCAUCCGUUUCCCCACCUAUACCAUUCCUCCAGUACCUCUCGGUCACCCUCCACUAGAACCUCCUCCAGCUCUCUCCAGGCACUGAACGAAGAUACCGUCGUCGAUGCUCGGUCCGAUCAUGGUACGCUUGCACGGAACUCCGUCGCUUCCCGGAAGAUGGCCCAUAUGGGCCAUUCCGAGACCCAUCUCCCAGAAUACCCCGUCUACCCUGACCAAUCCUAUGCUGUCCUCCAGUCUCAGAUCCAUCCCACCUACCAACCACCAUUCACACGCUCCCACAGCUCUUACCCAUCACGGAUCGAGACGGCUAGGCUUGCCCCAACGCGUGCUUCGCGCACAGCGGGCAACACUCCUAUGUCCAGCCCAGGCCUGUUUUCUGUCAGAAGCUCUCGCUCGACUCCGUUUGGAUCGGACGAUGAAGGCCGCAUCAGCAGUCCAUUCCUUCAUCCCACGCACCUUCAGCCCCCAAAGAGUAAGACUCACACUGCCGAGGUGGAUCGAGAUAUUGUGACCGGAAACAAACUUAUCAACCAGUAUGAGAUCCUCGAGGAGCUCGGACGAGGCGAACACGGAAAAGUCAAACUGGGCCGCCAUGUUACAACCCGGCAAAAGGUCGCGAUCAAGAUUGUUCAGCGGUACUCAAAACGUCGUCGCCUGGGCAAACUGGGGAACCCCGAGGACAAGGUCAAGAAGGAAGUAGCCAUCCUCAAGAAGGCCCGACACCCCAAUGUUGUUAGUCUGUUAGAAGUCAUCGAUGAUCCGAACCGCCAGAAGGUCUACAUAGUUCUCGAAUAUGUCGAAAAUGGUGAAAUCAUUUGGCGGAAGAGAGGGUUGCGGGAGAUUGUGCACGUCGACAAGCGCCGGCUAGAGCGUGAAAAGGCUGGCAUUCCUGACACGCCCUCAUUUCUGGAGGAAAGUCAGCAGUAUAUCAGGACUUCUCAACACCUCCGCCGCCAACGUGAAAAGGCGCGCGAACGCCGCCAAGCACAGGCAGCGUAUGCUCAAGAAGCCCCGAUCCCUGCUUGGAGUUUGGAGCAUGGUGCGGAAUCGGAGGAGGAGGAGGAGGAGGAGGAUGAGGAUGCGAGUCCCGGAACGGCGAUUGCCCGUAUCCCCAGCCGCUCAAUGAAAAGCAACGAUGAUGCCCAGCCUUCCCCGAGCAACUCUUAUGCGUCAGGCCAUGAAGCCGCAUUGGCCGCAGUGGAAGGUAGCAUGUAUGGUGCCUAUGCGGAUUACUCGUUCGAUAGACGCUUCAGUACCGCAUCGAGCAGCUUCGGCUAUGCUCCGUCCGAACCCGAAUGGUGUCCUGAUGAUGAUGAGAUGUCCUAUGUGCCUUGCCUGACCUUUAUCGAAGCGCGAAACGCUUUCAGAGAUUCGCUGCUCGGGCUCGAAUAUCUUCAUUAUCAAGGCAUCAUCCACCGUGACAUCAAACCCGCAAACCUGCUGGUCACCAGCAGCUAUCGUGUGAAGAUAUCGGACUUCGGUGUAUCGUACCUGGGACGGCCCAUCAGAGACGAGGAAGAGGAGCAGGUGGAGGAGACGGACGCGACUGAACUGGAUGAUGCACGUGAGCUGUCGAAAACGGUUGGGACCCCGGCUUUCUAUGCCCCUGAGCUGUGCUAUACAGGCGAAGACUUCGUGGACAUUCUUGGCGCCGUCCCUCGGAUCACCGGUGCUAUCGAUGUAUGGUCUCUCGGCGUAACCCUAUACGGCAUGAUCUUCGGGCGGCUACCUUUCGUUUCGGAUGACGAAUACAGCAUGUUCCAGACUAUCGUAAAGAAGGAAGUCUUCAUCCCGCGAAAGCGCCUGCAGCCUGUGGAGGACGAUCCCGACACCGCCAGUCAAUGGCCCCGCUGUGACGACAGCCCCAAGCGGAUGGAAGAUGAGCUAGUGUACGAGGAUGUCGACGAUGAAUUAUAUGAUCUAUUGAAGCGGCUACUUACCAAAGACCCCGUUAAACGCAUCACUGUCAAGGAGAUCAAGCAUCAUCCUUGGGUUUUGCAUGGCCUGCCCAAUCCCAGGGCCUGGGUGGAGGAGACCGACCCGGGCUAUCAGAGCAAGGGCAAGAGGAUUGAAGUGUCUACGGAGGAAGUGACUAGCGCCGUCAGCAAAGUGCCGUUCAUCCAGCGCGUGCGAUCCAAUGUCGCUAAAUGGUCCAACUACCUGACCGGAAGGUCGAAAGAGAAGGACACUCGCAAGCGGACUCCUAGCAACACCCCGUCGGUUGAUUCCUCAUCCACGGCGAGCAGCACUGCUUUUGGGAAAUACCUCUGGGAUAGUCGGCGACACAGCCUCAGGGGCGACGAGGAAUUUCCGCGCACUUUCAGAUUCUCUAGGGAUGGCGAGCAUCCACUCUCCCAGAGUGUCACCGCAAGUCCUGUGGGCAGGGAUGAUCAGACCUGUUAUUUCGCCUCGUCUGAUUUUGCUCCCCCGCUGGAACGGACCCCACGCCCUGACCCCCCGGAACGUACGACAUCCACCUUGUCCACUGCUGAAUCUGCGAAGACCGUGAAGCCAUCCGACCACAAAAAGCCCGCUGUACCCCAGCGUGCCGGCACGCCAGUCCGGGUAGAAACGUCCGGGACUACCAAUGUUGGUGGUCUCUUUGGCGGCGCGAGCCGCCGGCUCGCGAGAGGCCUUCAGCCAGGGGAACGCUCCGAUCGGUCUGUCUCUGGAGAGACCGCGUCCCUGGAUGGUGACCGACACUCCGAGCCCAGCCUGGCUCUGAGUGUCACGUCUGCGGUCGGCCAAAUGCAGCAGGCUAACUUGCUAUCGAACGAGGAGCCACCAUCAACGCAUCCUGAUAGCCCCCUCGCUGGAACAUCCCGUCACCGGCGUAACCGAUCGCAUCAGCUUCCAAGCAGGCAUUCUGCGGAGCCAUUCCACCUGACCAAGGAGGCCUUGCUGCGGAAGAGAAGGAGUAACAUCGAGUCGGCUAUUGACUGCGACCACGGGCUUCGUGGAGAUAGUGAGAUGUGUCCUAGUGAUUUGUUGAGCGUACGGCUCGAGACUCACCCGCAGGCCUCGGAUUCGUUGAAUGACAAUUCGGCCGGCGACCUCCUUGCUGGGGGACUGACAACAUCACCCCCGUCAGCUGCCACCAUCUCUUCGUCGUCUAUUGACGAGUAUACCAGCGGCAUGUCGCAGAGCACCUCGCACCCUAGCAUUCCAUCCGUGGUUUCCGGGGCAUCGUCGCUUUCCGGGGAGGGGGGCUACAAGGAGAAGGACGGCGAAUCGUCUGUUCCUUCCAUCCUCCGUACGGGUGAAACCGUCAAAGCCCGGCGGCCCAGUUCAUCGCGACCGGCGGAAGAUGAUGAAUCUCGCUACUAUUGCGAUGACGAAAACGAGUCUGAAGACGACUCGGAGGAUGAGGGCCUUGUCAUUGGCAAGAAGAAGGUGACCCCUCAGAAGCCAAUCAUUCGUCCUGGGCAGUCGAAAUCAUGA